AUGGAGGAGGACGAGCGGCGGCUGUCGUUCCCGCCACCGGCGCCGCUGCACUCGCCCGGAGAAGAGAUUGACGGUUCACGACUGCUAGGGGAAAUCGUUCGCACACUCGAAGCCACAAACCCUGAGGCGGUGGCGCCACUCGUCGCGUCACAGUCCCGUGAUGCACUCGACGCGGAGGAGGAAGAAAAGCCGCGGCGCGAGGAGCUACGGAUUCCUCUCGAUGUCACAUUCUCGGAUUCGGUGGGACGGAGUGAUGAACCGCGGGCAGUGGUCACUCCGUUCACGCGGGAAUCCGCGAAGCGUGCCGGCUCGCGUGGCGCGCAGUUGGUUCGCGAGUUCGGUUUCAUGCCCCGGCGGAGGCUCAGCGUGGAGGACGGAGCUCGCCUGCCGAGAAAGUAUGAACCGUUUCCGCCGAAAUUAUACGGACGACCUCUGGAGGAGAUCGACAAUUUUAUUUAUGAUGAGACUUUCUGUGUUGUGUCAAAACGUUUUCGCAAGAACUAUAUCCACCGGUUCACGGCCACUCGGUCGCUGUUCUGGUGGUCGCCGUGGUCGCCAGUGCGGCGCGCGUGUGUCUACCUCUCCACAAAUCAGUACUUCGACUACUUCGUCAUGGCCACUAUUCUGCUCAACUGUGUCUUCCUCGCCAUGUCGGAGACGAUCGAAGAGGCUGAAUACAUAUUCCUGGCUAUCUACACGGCAGAGAUGAUAAUAAAAUGUAUCGCGAAGGGUUUCAUUUUAAACAAGUACACGUACCUACGGAAUCCUUGGAAUUGGCUGGAUUUUGUUGUGAUAACAUCAGGCUACGCGACCAUCGGCAUGGAAGUCGGCAACUUGGCUGGUCUGAGAACAUUUCGGGUACUUCGGGCGUUGAAGACCGUUUCUAUAAUGCCAGGUCUGAAGACUAUCAUCAACGCGCUGCUCCACUCAUUCAAGCAAUUGGCGGAAGUAAUGACGCUAACAAUCUUCUGUCUGAUGGUGUUCGCACUAUUCGCGCUGCAAGUAUACAUGGGGGAGUUGAGAAACAAGUGCGUGCAGAACCUAGUCGUGCCGACUGGAGAGAACUUCACUGACGAACUUUGGUCGCAGUGGAUCAGCGAUCCAUCCCACUGGAUGGUAGACGAUGAAGAAGUGCCUAUAAUCUGUGGAAACCUAACCGGCGCUAGACACUGUCCCCCGCAGUACACUUGUCUGUGCGUAGGACCAAACCCCAACCAUGGUUAUACGAACUUCGACAAUUUCCUCUGGUCUAUGCUUACUACCUUCCAACUCAUCACCCUGGAUUAUUGGGAGAAUGUUUAUAAUAUGGUGUUGUCAUCUUGUGGACCGAUGUCGGUGUCAUUUUUUACGGUGGUGGUGUUUUUUGGUUCCUUCUACCUCAUUAACCUGAUGCUGGCCGUCGUAGCGCUCAGCUACGAAGAAGAGUCGCAAAUAACUCAAGAGGAACGAAAGAAAGACCUCAAUGAACAUCGUGACGACUCCACGUUCAGCUUUGAUCCAACGUCAUUAGCGGUGCGCACUCUUGUCAAAGACAAGAAGAAACGCAUCGAUGCUAGGAAGGGACUCCUCCUAGCUUCGUACUCCAGAAAGCGUACCAGAAGACGCAAGAGGGGCAAGAGUACCAUACAUCACACAAAUACCGUGGUAGCAUCUCGGUCACGAUCAAGGUCGCGAUCAGUGACCCCUAGUGGGUCACCACCACCCUUACCUGCGCCAGCUCAACCACCUCCGCCUUCUCAUACUCUACACCCUGAUAACGCUCUAGGUCGUGGUACACUCAGCGUCGCUGGUCGGCAACUCAGUGACCACAGCAACAAUAGAGAGUCAUCUCUAGAUGACUCAGGUGUUGUCGACGACCAUGAUGAUGGCGAGCAUACAUCCGACGACCAAGCACCACACCCACACCGAAGACAUCUUUUACCACCACAUCCGCCAACUACAUUAGCUCUUAAGCAAGAUAAAGUUACGUUUCAGGAAAAUAAAAAGGAAGAGAAUGUUUCAAAACCAAAGAAUAGUUCCAAGACGGAAAUACAAGUUGAACAAACUAAGAAAAAUGAAAGAGGAAGCAUCCAAGAAAGAUAUCCGCUAAAUCCUGACUACCUUAAUCAGAUAGUAGUUCUAGGGGCGGACUGGCCAUACAAGCGCGCACCCGACCUCCCGCAAGCGGAGACGACGAAAAUUAAUGAGCUCAGUUUAUUGGCAGCCACGCACAAAUCUCAUAUGGGCAAUUACGAGCAAAAUUGCACUUACUUCACAGAUGAACUUGUGGACAGGAAUUGUGAAUGCUGCGUGACGUGUUGUAUAGACUACGAAGGAUGGCUACAAUUUCAGAAUUGCUUGUACGGUAUCGUAAAAGAUCCUCUGUUUGAACUGUUCAUAACGACAUGUAUAGUUCUAAAUACACUUUUUCUGGCUCUAGAGCAUCAUGGUAUGAGUGAAAAUGUCAGGCAGGCGUUAGAUAUAGGAAAUAAGGUUUUCACCUCAAUAUUUACUUUAGAAUGUAUAAUGAAAGUGAUGGCGAUGAGUAAAGACUUUUUUGCUUGUGGGUGGAAUAUAUUUGAUUUAAUUAUCGUAUCGGCUAGCCUCUUGGACCUAAUAUUUGAGCUAGUGGAUGGCCUUUCAGUAUUAAGAGGCCUUAGAUUGUUACGAGUGUUAAAAUUAGCUCAAUCGUGGACUACUAUGAAAGUUUUGUUGAGUAUUAUAAUAUCGACAAUAGGUGCCCUUGGUAACUUAACGUUCGUGCUAGUUAUAGUUAUUUACAUAUUUGCUGUUAUUGGUAUGCAGUUGUUCUCUAAAUCCUAUACACCAGAAAAGUUCGAUCCGGAUCCAGUGCCCAGAUGGAACUUCAAUGACUUCUUCCACUCGUUCAUGAUGAUAUUUCGCAUAUUGUGUGGAGAGUGGAUCGAGCCACUGUGGGACUGCAUGCGCGCAGAACAGGCGAGUGGAGCGGAAAGCUGCUUCUUCAUAUUUCUACCUGCUCUCGUUAUGGGCAAUUUUAUGGUGCUCAAUCUCUUUCUUGCCUUGUUGCUAAAUAGCUUUAACAGUGAAGAACUCAAAAAUAAAAAAGAGGAAGUUGGAGAAGAUUCCAAAUUAGCUAAGAGUUUUGAUAGAAUACGUUCAAUAGUAAGAAAAAAAGGUUUUCUUAUAUCUAGAAGUAAAGAGACUGACAAAAAAUCUAAAUUAGAAGAGCUAGUUAACGAAUUUAUGUUACAACAACGUAAUAUAAAAGAGAAAAAAAUGUCAAUUUCCAAUGAACAAAGAUGUUCAGCUUCUAUUCAGGAAACUAUAUUAUUUCCUCAUGACAAUAUUUAUCGACAUAGCUACCAAGAAGCUUUAAACAGGCCAAUAUCUGUAGGCUCUGAUUUUGCCUAUCCUCCAUUGUAUCAAACAGGGAAUAAUUUUAAUCACGGUAGCCAAGAAACAUUAAAAGACGUUCGAGAUUUGGCCGCUGAACAUAAAAUCACUAGUAUAAGAGAAGAUUCGAAAGAAAACCUAGACGAAACAAGUAGUUCUGACAAAGUCACAGCUCAAAAAUUGCUUAAUCAAAUGUCAUCUGGAUACCAUACACAACCAUCAGAUUCAAGAGAAGAAAAUGAACACUACGAAAUGGCUCAAAUAUCUAGUAAAACGACUCCAGAAAAGUACAGACGAAAUGAAAUGGAACAACUGAGACACCUUAAGGAGUCUAUAACCAGGCCUGGUGAAGAAGAUAUGAAACAUCCCUGGCAAACAUUAGUUUCAUACGUUGAUGAAUUAACCGUUGGCGGUAGGAAAAACUCUAAGGGACAGUACAUAGACCCUAUGGGAAAAUUUCCUGGGUUUGGAAAACGAAAAGAACCUAAAGUACCUCAAGAUUGUUUUCCUCGACAAUGCUAUAAACAAUGUUCUUGCUGGGAUGCAUGUAUUCGAACAAAGUUUGGUCAAAGAUGGAUGUUUAUACGUACAUUUGUUCUUCGUUACGUUGAUACACCUGCUUUCGAAUGGUUCGUUCUGGUUCUGAUAUUCGCCUCUAGUAUCACACUAUGCUUCGAAGACAUACACCUGGAAAAAAAUAAACCACUCAAGAAAAUUCUAUACUGGACAAAUCUCAGCUUCUGCAUGAUAUUUGUUAUUGAAAUGUUUUUCAAAUGGAUAGCGUUGGGUUUCUACAGAUACUUUACAAGUUUUUGGACAUUGCUGGAUUUUACUAUAGUUUUUGUGUCCGUGUUUAGUUUAUUAAUAGAAGAAAAUGAAAAUUUAAAGGUUUUGAGGUCUCUGAGGACGUUAAGAGCACUGAGACCAUUAAGAGCUAUUUCUCGGUGGCAAGGAAUGCGGAUAGUAGUUAAUGCUCUAAUGUAUGCAAUACCUAGUAUUUUUAAUGUAUUACUAGUAUGUUUAGUGUUUUGGUUGAUAUUUUCGAUAAUGGGGGUACAGUUUUUCGGAGGAAAGUUUUUUAAAUGUGUCAAUGCUGAGGGUGAAUUAUUACCGCUAGAGAUAAUUAAUGAUAAGUGGGAGUGCUACUACAAUAACUUCUCUUGGAUAAAUUCUAAAAUAUCCUUUGAUCAUGUUGGAAUAGCAUAUUUAGCUUUAUUUCAAGUAGCUACAUUUGAAGGUUGGAUGGAAGUAAUGGCGGAUGCUGUAGACGCUAGAGGAGUAGAUUUACAACCAUCGAGAGAAGCGAAUCUAUAUGCAUACAUUUAUUUUGUGAUAUUUAUCGUAUGCGGAUCUUUUUUCACUUUAAAUCUAUUUAUAGGAGUAAUCAUAGACAAUUUUAAUAUGCUCAAGAAAAAGUACGAAGGCGGUGUGUUAGAAAUGUUUCUAACGGAAAGCCAGAAGCAUUAUUAUACAGCAAUGAAAAAAUUAGGUAGAAAAAAGCCCCAGAAAGUAAUCAAAAGACCAAGGAAUCAAUUUCUAGCCAUGUUUUACGAUUUAUCCAAUUCGAGAAGAUUCGAAAUAGCGAUAUUCGUUUUGAUAUUCCUAAACAUGCUAACUAUGGGCAUCGAACAUUACGAUCAACCACAUUCCGUUUUCUUUGUUUUAGAAGUUAGUAACGCAUUUUUUACCACAGUUUUUGGAUUAGAGGCUAUUGUUAAAAUUAUCGGUCUACGUUACCAUUACUUCACAGUACCUUGGAACGUGUUUGAUUUCCUGCUAGUUUUAGCAUCUAUUUUAGGUAUUGUUAUGGAGGACAUAAUGAUAGACUUACCAAUAUCCCCAACUCUACUACGAGUAGUUCGAGUAUUUCGCAUAGGAAGAAUUUUAAGACUGAUUAAAGCCGCUAAAGGCAUUAGGAAGCUGUUGUUUGCGCUAGUAGUGUCUCUACCCGCGCUUUUCAACAUCGGCGCAUUACUUGCGUUAAUCACCUUUAUCUACGCUAUAAUUGGUAUGUCUGUGUUCGGACAUGUCAAGGAGCAAGGUGCCCUUGAUGAUAUAGUCAAUUUUCAAACUUUCGGCAGAAGUAUGCAAUUGCUUUUUCGUCUUAUGACAUCAGCUGGCUGGAAUGAUGUUUUAGAAUCUUUAAUGAUUCAACCUCCUGAUUGUGAGCUGGGAGAUCAUGGUCAUUCGAAUGGAAACUGUGGAAGUCCUCUACUAGCUAUUACAUAUUUUACUUCGUUUAUUAUUAUUAGCUAUAUGAUUGUGAUUAACAUGUACAUUGCUAUUAUCCUUGAGAAUUUCAAUCAAGCACACCAAGAAGAAGAGAUUGGUAUCGUAGAAGAUGACUUGGAAAUGUUCUAUAUAAGAUGGUCCAAGUACGAUCCGCAUGCAACUCAAUUUAUAAGUUUUGCUCAACUAUCAGAUUUCAUAGCUUCGUUAGAUCCUCCCUUAGGUAUAUCUAAACCGAAUACAGUUGCUCUUGUUAGUUUUAAUUUACCUAUAGCUAAGGGUAAUAAAAUCCACUGCCUAGACAUUUUACAUGCACUGGUUAAGCAUGUACUAGGUCAUGUGGAGGAAACAGAUACGUUUAGACAACUACAAGAGCAAAUGGAUAUUAAGUUUAAGAAACAAUUCCCAACGAGAAAAGAAUUAGAAAUAGUUUCUUCGACGAGAAUAUGGAAGAGACAAGACAAAGCUGCACGAACGGUACAGAGGGCGUGGAGAGAGUAUGUAAAGAGAAAAAAUCGUAGUCCAUCACAAGAAGAAGAGAGUACAAAAUGGUCACCAGGGCAUGGUUGGGGAGGUCGCCUCAGUGCGUUGUUACACGUACGUAGAGGAUCCCACGCUUCAAGUCGGAAGUCUUCGAGAGCUUCUGAUGCUUCAGACUUAAGUGACAUCGGUGGAGCUUGGCUUAACUUGCCACUCCUACUGUUACCUGGUGCACAGCCUAAUGAACAGGCUGGUGGGUCAGAGACUGCUCCUGCUAGGCGUAGAUCAGCGUACGGGUUACCGCUGUUCCUUCGACAUCAGGACGCAGUAGACGAGGACACCGGCCCGAAACGUGCAGGUUCACUUCGUAUAACCUCACGACGUAAUUCGGCGCGUCGACCAGAGCCCCCAGCGCGGCCGAGUACGCCCUCUCCCCACGCAAACAGCUCGGUCAGUAUCCUUGUGACGGAGGCCUCACCUGACGCCGCACCUCCCCCCUCCGCUCCACCGACCGUCGUCCGAGUCCUCGUACACAGAGAGAGCGAUGAGCAACCCAGCUGA